CCAAAUGUGGCGACCACAACAGUCAGCGACGAUGUGCUCUUUACCUUCAUCAGCAGCAAAGAGGACCUCAACCCUCAAGAAGAUGAAGACCCGAUGAACAAGCUGAAGGGCCAGAAGAUUGUGUCUUGUCGUAUCUGCAAAGGAGACCAUUGGACAACACGAUGUCCGUACAAGGACACUCUCGGCCCAAUGCAGAAAGAGCUGGCGGAUCAGCUGGGGCUGACCACAGGUGACAAGGAGAAAGUUCCUGGGGGAGAACCUGAUGCUGCUCAAGCAGCGAAGAGUAGCACCACAGGAAAGUAUGUACCUCCUAGUCUGCGAGAUGGGGCCACCCGACGAGGAGAGUCUAUGCAGCCCAACCGCAGAGCUGAUGAUAAUGCUACGAUUCGUGUUACAAACUUGUCUGAGGACACUCGAGAGACUGACUUGCAGGAGCUGUUCAGGCCGUUUGGAUCAAUUUCCCGAAUCUACCUCGCUAAAGAUAAGACUACUGGACAGUCCAAGGGCUUUGCCUUCAUCAGCUUCCAUCGCAGAGAAGAUGCCGCCAGGGCCAUUGCUGGGGUGUCUGGCUUUGGUUACGAUCACUUAAUCCUCAAC